AUGCCUAAUGGAAGUCUUCAGAAAUGGUUAUAUUCUGACGAUCAUGCCUUGGAUAUCCUACAAAGAAUCAACAUAAUGGUUGACGUUGCAUCAGCAUUAGAAUAUCUCCAUUCUGGAUUUCUUAUUCCUAUAAUCCAUUGUGACUUGAAACCAAGUAAUGUCUUAUUGGAUGAAGACAUGGUUGGACAUGUGGGAGAUUUUGGAGUUUCUAAAAUAUUGGGAGAAGGAGAUUCCAUCAAGCAAACAAUGACGCUUGCUACUGUUGGCUAUAUGUCACCAGAUGAUGUUUUCAUUUCUAAAUACGGAUUGGCAGGAAUUGUUUCUGUAAAAUGUGAUGUCUAUAGUUAUGGUAUUUUGUUAAUGGAAACUUUCACAAGGAAAAAGCCUACAAAUGAAUUUUUUGUUGGAGAAAUGAGUAUGAAGCAUUGGGUGAAAAUGUCACUAUCUAAUGGAAUAAAUGGUGUAGGGGAUUCCAGCAUAGUGCAAGAAGAAGAUGAAUACUUUGUUAUUAAAGCAAAUUGUAUAUCAUCAAUUAUGGAAUUAGCUUUGAACUGUUCAGCUGAGCUACCUGAAAAUAGAAUGGACAUGAAGAAUGAUGUCAUUUUUGGCAUUACUAAGCCACCAAACUAUUGUUUUCCCACUUCUCCAGGGAUUGGGAUGGGGGAAACACUUGUUCUAUAUAGACAAAUGGUUGAGGCAUAUGCCGAAGAGGAGACUACAAUUGCAGAAGAAUAUUUAAAGGAUAAUGAGUACCCAGUUCGGAUGCAAACACAAUCACAACCUGCAUAUGAGUUUCCAGUUCCAAGGCUAACCUAUUGUCUGGAGAUGCUUGGUUCUAGUUCUCAUUAUCAGCAACCGGUGUCAUCUAUAAUGGAUGAGUUUUUCAAUUUUGUACCACAGUAUUCCACACCUACCGAUCAAACCUUUGGGUCAUUUGAUUUUUCAACUUACUUUUCUACACCCAAGGUUCGUCGAUGGAUGAUGAAAAUGCAGGUUCAAUGA